AUGUCUUUCACUUGCCGCGUUAAUCCUAUUUCUUUACAGCUGCAAUUCCACUCCCACGUUUCUCGAACAACAACAACAACCUCCUCCCUCUCUCUACUUCCUCCUUCAUCUCCUCUUCUCACUCUAAACGCCGUUUUCCAUUCCCAACCCAAACUACACCUCAAACGCUCUUCCACCACAACUCGCUGCUCUGCGUUGACUCCUGAAUUGAAGAGCACGUUGGAUAAAGUUGUUACUUCAAACAAAAUAGUUUUGUUUAUGAAGGGUACUAAGGAUUUUCCACAGUGUGGAUUCUCAAAUACAGUGGUGCAAAUUUUGAAGUCUUUGAAUGCUCCUUUUGAAACUGUAAACAUAUUGGAUAAUGAUAUGGUGCGCCAGGGACUUAAGGAGUAUAGCAGUUGGCCUACUUUUCCUCAGCUCUAUAUUGAUGGAGAGUUUUUUGGUGGAUGUGAUAUCACUAUUGAGGCAUAUAAGAAUGGAGAAUUGCAGGAACAGGUGGAGAAGGCAAUGUGCUCCUGA